GCCACACACCCGUCGUCUCCCACGUCUUCUUUUCAAGACAUCUUGAAUCUUUUUCUGGUCCAUCGGGGAUCGUUGAAUUUGUCGUCUUCUUUUUAUUUUUACAUGUUUCCAUCAGUUCCUGGCGGCCAUCAACACGACCGGCACCAUGUCUGAGCCUGACCAGUGCAUCAUAUGUUUGGAUCCGCUGCCGCGCCCCUCGGCUGCGACUGACGGCGCCGUCAACGCCGCUGCAGCUUCCAUUGCUGAGGCCGUCGAGGGCGAGUCGAGCUAUCUCGACAUUGUGGCCGCUCUCGAUGGCUGUGAUCACAUCAUCCACGAUGCCUGCAUCCGAUCAUGGGCCCAAAAGACCAAUACCUGCCCCAUUUGCCGCAAUCCCUUUCACACUGUCCGAGUCUAUAACGGCGUAGACGGCAUCGCCGUUUCUACCUACGAAGUCGAGGACAAAAAGCAGGUUGCCGAGUUUGAUGUGCAGCAGUGGCUCGGAGAGAACCCGGAAGAAGAGGAAGAAGAAUCCAACCCAUGCCCCAUCUGCAACUCGGCAGAGCGAGAGGACAUCCUCUUGCUUUGCGACGGCUGCGAUGCAGCCUACCAUACGCACUGCAUCGGCCUCGACUACAUCCCCGAAGGCGACUGGUUCUGCAUGGAAUGUGCCCAUCUGAAUCAGCCGAAUGAAGAGCAGCCAGAGUCGGGAGCGGCCUCAGAGAUCGCCCCGACACCUUCAGCCGCUCGUCGUUUAGCCACUCGAGCUCACCGGGGUUACCACGUCCGCACUCGAGCUCGCCUCAGGCGGGCACGCCGCCAAGCGCGCAACAUCGAGUGGCAGGGCGCCUGGGGGCAGUUCUCCGGUCGCUUCUACGAGAUGAGCGAGCUCGAUCUCGAUAAUCACGACGACGAAGACGAAGACCUCGAGCGUUUCCGCAGGUUCCAGCAGCUGGAUCGACGGGAGCUGCAGCGGUGGCAACAGCGAAUCAGCAUUGCACAGCGUCUUGGCGUGCAAGACUCCUUCGCAAGCAACAUACCGCCGCAGAUUAGCGAACGCCUACACCCCCCGCCACCACCCGUCGAGGAGACGCGGGACGAGAGGCGCGCCUGGGGAGCAUUGGACCGAGCUCGGGAGGCCGAGGCUUCCAGUCCCCGCACUCGCAAGAGAAAGGCUCGGUCUGUGACGGCCUCGCCUACUGAGCAGCCCGCCCAAGAACCCGAGAGAAAGCUCAAGCGUCCUCGAACCCGACGACUGCCAACGCACGGCGAAGGCUCCGCAGCGACUGCACUCCCAACAGCCGCCGGUCCGUCCUCGGCAAGACUGCCCAACGGGACCUCUUCGAGAAGCAACAAUGUCAGCAGCGCCAGCCGAGAUGAUAGUGAGCCGACCCUAGUUGUGUCUUCCCUGCUCAAAGAGCUGGAGCCCAACAUUCACUCCGAAGAUGAGGCAUCCGGUGUGGCCUCUGGUUGGCGCCCCUUUCACGAGGCAUCAUCGCCAGCUCUCUCCCCAUCACCCUCGGCAUUCAGCAGUCCCCGGGCUCUUUCAAUAACACCACCUCCGUUGCCCAAUCUCAAUGGACGUCCAUCAUCUCCAACCCUGUCUCUCAGCACGCACAUCGAACCAGUUUACCCGCCUGCUAAUUACUCACCCACCCGCUUUAGCAGCAGCGACCACAGCGACUCCGAAGCGCCUCCUCUCGUCAAGCCGGAGCCUCGAAACGGCGGCCGACCCGAGAACAGACUCGAGAGUCGCCCCCUUGAACUUCGGCAGCCUCGGCCUCGGCGCGCCCACGAGAUGUCGCCAGAGUCCAGCCCGACGCGCGGCGGCGAUGAGAACUCGAUGAGACACACAAUGACGACGGAGGAGAAGAAGAGCGUCAAUGACAUUGUCCGCAACGCUCUGAGACCGCACUGGCGGGCCCAGAAGUUGACGGUAGAACAAUAUGCGACAAUCAACCGUGACAUCUCACGAAAGCUUUACGACGAGGUGAAGGACGCGUCCUCACUCGAUGACGAAUCUCGACGACAAACCUGGGAGAAGAGGGUCACCCAGGAGGUGGCCCGAGCAAUCUCCGAACUCCAAGCCUGAUCACGGGUGCACAGCAAGAAGCAUUUGGUUUGGCGUUUCAAGGCUUUUGUCGACGGUCCAUAUCAUGGUUUGAUACCCCCAGCCUCAUUGACGGCGAUGUGCAUUUUUAGUUAGGGACACCGAGGUGUAAUAGGAGUCGGGCAUU